CUACCGCCUUCUCUUCCUCCCUCCGUCGGGGGAGGAGGGGAGGCUUUCGUGUGCCUCAUGGGAGACUUUCUGCCUCCUUCCCUAGUGGCCCAAAAAAAUAAUAAAUUUCGUGGGUUUCCCCUCCCCAUCGGUUGUUAACUUCUUGCAUUGAAGCUCUUUGCUUUGUGUCCUAAAAAGAUUUGGGAUCGAGGUUUCAGCUGUUUAUUCUCUUUCCCCUUUAAGCGCUAGAAAUCUGGGAAAUGCAGGCUGCAACUGUAACUCCUAUUUCGGUGAGGUUCCCACCUAAAGAAAUAAUACUAUCUUGCAAAAAAAAAAAAAAAUCAGUGUACUCUUAUAAGUAGGAGGUAUGUUAUUGGUGAUCACAAAUCAUAGGGUGCUCUUGCAAACAGCAGGCCAGCUGUGAGCGUAACCUGAUAAUACGGGCCGUGGGCAGAGAUCUGUAGGCUUUUACUAGUCAGCACAUUGAAUGUGGUCAGUUCUUGGAGCUUGCGAAGAGCCCCUUCUGUGAGGCUGUGAAGCACUAAAUGAGCUUGAAAUAAUACUGAUGGAGGUAGAGAGCAUAAGAGCAGUGGUCUAUGGGGAGGAGGAGAAGAAGAAGACACGGAUGUGUGUGCAGAACACUUGCUGAUGAAUACAGUGGGUGCUGGGGAGAGAAAUCAAGGACAGCUUAAAAGUCUGAGGAGAGGAGGAAAUUUGUGGGCAACAUUUGAAAUAGGAAUGAAAAGGUCUCUCCCUCAUUUUAAAAUUUUGAUUUUGAGGCAGAAGUAAAAGUCAAAAUGGGGCGGAGAUCUACAUCAUCCACCAAGAGUGGGAAGUUUAUGAAUCCCACAGAUCAGGCCCGGAAGGAAGCUCGGAAAAGGGAGCUAAAGAAGAACAAAAAGCAGCGAAUGAUGGUACGAGCAGCUGUACUGAAGAUGAAAGAUCCAAAGCAGAUUAUCCGGGACAUGGAAAAAUUGGAUGAGAUGGAGUUUAACCCAGUACAGCAGCCACAACUUAAUGAAAAAGUGCUAAAGGAUAAACGCAAAAAACUCCGUGAGACUUUUGAGCGCAUUUUGCGGCUCUACGAGAAGGAGAAUCCUGACAUCUAUAAAGAACUGCGCAAGUUGGAAGUGGAGUAUGAGCAGAAGAGAUCACAACUCAGCCAGUAUUUUGAUGCUGUCAAGAACGCUCAGCAUGUUGAAGUGGAAAGUAUCCCCUUACCAGAUAUGCCGCAUGCUCCCUCCAAUAUCCUCAUACAGGACAUUCCCCUUCCAGGGGCCCAACCACCUUCUAUCCUCAAGAAGACAUCAGCCUAUGGACCACCAGUUCGGUCCAUUUCUGUACUUCCUCCUCCGGGGCUUGGUGUUCCGCGUUUACCUCCAGGCAGGAAGCCCCCUGGACCUCCUCCAGGGCCACCCCCACCUCAAGUCUUACAGAUGUAUGGUCGUAAAGUGGGUUUCACCUUGGAGAUAGGUCCUCGAAGGCGAGAAGAGGAGAUUUCUUACAGUUCUGAAGCAGGACAGCGAGGGCAUGAUGACGAUAUGUCCAGUACCAGUGAAGAUGAAGGUUAUCCUGAGGAUAUGGAUCAAGACAAGCAUGAUGAGAGUAGUGAUGAUAGUGACAGCGACAGGUCAGAUGCAGACAGUGAAGGCGAGGACUUCCUGCAUCGUGAUAAUGACAAGGAGAGGGAAGGUGGCGAAGAAAAGAAAUCAGGUCAUAGCGUACGGUUUGCAGACAUGCCUGGGAAGUCACGAAAAAAGAAAAAGAACAUGAAAGAACUGACUCCACUCCAGGCCAUGAUGUUACGAAUGGCAGGUCAGGAAAUUCCAGAAGAAGGGAGAGAAGUGGAGGAAUAUUCAGAAGAAGAGGAGGAGGAAGAGGAGGACUCGGAGUCCGAAGAGACAUCACAGCAACAGCAACAACAACUCAGUGAGGAAGCUCUUGCAGAAACUAGGUCAUCUACUGCAACUUCCCAGACACAACAGCAGCAACCGCCUUCGCAGCCUGUUCCUCCAACUCAGAUACAGGCACCUCCUAUGCCUGGGCCACCUCCGCUUGGACCACCUCCAGCCCCUCCACUGAGGCCCCCAGGCCCACCCACCGGCCUUCCUCCUGGCCCUCCACCAGGAGCUCCUCCGUUCCUGAGACCUCCUGGCUUACCAGGACUGCGUGGGCCUUUACCUCGACUUCUACCACCAGGCCCUCCACCUGGGCGACCACCGGGCCCUCCCCCAGGCCCCCCACCAGGUCUGCCCCCAGGUCCUCCUCCACGUGGACCACCUCCUCGCCUGCCCCCUCCUGCCCCACCAGGUAUCCCUCCUCCUCGCCCAGGCAUGUUACGGCCACCUCUGGUGCCUCCAUUAGGACCUGCCCCACCUGGCCUCUUCCCACCAGCUCCCAUUCCAAAUCCUGGGGUACUGAGUGCCCCACCGAGCUUGAUUCAGCGUCCCAAGGCGGAUGACACCAGUGCGGCCACCAUCGAGAAGAAAGCUACAGCCACUAUCAGUGCCAAGCCGCAGAUCACUAAUCCCAAGGCAGAGAUCACUCGCUUUGUGCCCACUGCCUUGCGAGUGCGCCGGGAGAAUAAAGGGGCUUCUGCUGCCUCCCAGAGAAAACAGGAUGAUGAGCCUGCUCUCCCAUUAACCAAAGCUGCCCCUAAAGCUGGAUCAUCUGCCCCUAUCUCUGUACAGACAAAGGAUGAUGUGUAUGAAGCCUUCAUGAAGGAAAUGGAAGGUCUCCUGUGACCUGUCAUAGUCCUAGUCAGCUUUCCUGCCCCUCUGAACACAGAUCAGACCACCGCGGAGGGAGGAAAAGGAAAGGUUCUCCUGCAAGUGAUGAAAGGGCUCGCAUAACAGGGAAUAGUUCCCUACCCACAAGUUAACUUGCCAGUAGGCUCUGAAUAAAGACUGCUGCAGAUGAGGUGCAGCUGGGUACCUCCUUUCAGAGCUAGCAUGUCCACUUGGUGGAAAGAAAUUACAGUCAAGAAGGCGAUGCUGCUUCCCUUGAGUCCUUCCCCUUCCUUGGAGGGAGAUAAUGGUACUCUGGGAAGCGGGGUGUGGGAGUGGGGGGUGACUAUACUCUGCCUGAAUCCUUGCACAUCCUGAAUGCUCUGGUGAGGGUAGUGGAAUGGGUUUUUAAAGAGCCAGAAAAGUGUUAGCAGCAUUUCAUACGCAUAUGGUUGUCCAGUUUUUAUUUUCUGUACUGUUCUCUUCUGUAAAUAUUUUAUAAUCCUGUUUUUUAGUUGCAGUGAGAUUGGUCAAUCAUCUUUCUUCCAGGGUAGUCAGGGAGGUAAUUUGUUGCAUAUACUGUACACUGGAAUUUUGCACCCUGUCCCCUUUAUGGUCAUCUUGAUGGCUUUUUGUCAGCAGGGGAAACUUCAUUUUGUCUUGUGAAAGACAAUAAAUGUUCAGUGUAUCAAAA